CAGGCGCUGAGCCAGACCAUGUUUUUCUUCGACACCCAGAGAGAGGGCUACCUGCCGCUGAGCAACCCGGUGUCGUGGCGCGGCAGCGCGUUUGUGGCUGACUACAACAGCAGCGCCACGCUGGCGGCAGCCACCCCCAACGCCACAUUCGACUCGGGCUUUGGAUCCUUUGGCUCGGCCACCACCCCCAUCGCCUUCACCACCACCCUGCUGGUGUGGGCCCUCAUGGCCUUUGGCCCCGGCUUCACGGCGGCGGGCCAGGCGGGCGCAGCGCUCGACUCCAUCCGCUGGGGCAGCGACUACCUGCUCAAGGUGCACAAGGCGCUGCCCGGCACCAACAACAGCAUGAUCAUCACGCGGCAGGUGGGCGACAUCGACACCGAGAUGCUGCUGUGGUACCGCCCGGAGGAGCAGGGCCUGCCCCGCCCCGCCUUUGCCGUCGACCUCACCACCGGCGGCUCCGACCUGGGCGGCAGCGUGGCCGCCGCCCUGGCAGCCUCCUCCAUUGCCUUCCGCAACCAGAACGACACGCAGUAUGCGGGGCAGCUGCUGGCCAAGGCGCAGGAGGUCUAUGAGUUUGCCAAAGCGGUGAAGGGCCGGUUUGGCGACGGCGACUUCAACCUCACCGUCCUCUACAACACCUCCACCUUUUACGACGACCUGGCCUGGGCCGCGGGCUGGCUGUACAAGGCCACCAAGCAGGCAAGCGCACGCACUGGGGGGCAGGGCCAGCCCAGCCGGCACCGCCUGGAGAUGGCGGCGCCCCGAGCGGCGUACGCGUACGACUGGGACAACGUGUUCUGGCCCCUCAACCUGCUGCUGGCCCAGGAGACCGAGCGCUCCACCUUCCGCCAGCAGACCGAGCUGUUCCUCAAGAACUGGAUCUGCGCCGGCAACGCCGCCAACUACACGCAGCGAGGGCGGGCAUACAACCCCAUGAGCGGCUCUCUGGGCGCCACCGCCAACGCGGCCGCCAUGUCGCUGAUGUAUGCUGACCUGGCGGAGGCCUCCUCCCCCACCCUGGCCCGCGAGUACCGCUGCUGGGCGCUAUCCCAGGUGCGGUACGUGCUGGGCGACGCGGGGCGCAGCCUGCUGGUGGGGCACGGCAAGAACCCGCCCAAGCGCACCCAGGACCGCGCCGCCGCCUGCCCAGACCCGCCAGAGGUGUGCAAUCGCGUGACGGGCCUGCUGUCUCCCGACCCCGACAGCCACGUGCUAAGCGGCGCGCUGGUGUACGGCAGCGGGCGCUGCGACGCGUUCAAGGAUGAGCGGGGCGCCGACAGCAACCGCGUGGGCAUCGAGAACAAUGCGGGGCUGGCGGCGGCGCUGGCGGGCGUGGCGCGGGUGGGUUGGCCCUGGCCUGCGGGGAGGCUGGCGGGCUGGGCAGGAGGGUUAGCAGGCAGAGGGCCCCGCCAGGGACGUCCAGCUGGCACCUGCACCUUGGCAGCCUCGCUUCCUGGCUCACCGUUCUUGCGCUGCGCCCCCUGCUGCCGCCCCUCUGCAGCUGGACCCCGGCCUGUGGGAGGUGUGCCUGCAGGACUACGGCAUCUACCGCUCCUCAGCCAUUUGUGGCACCUACCUCUCCGUUUAGUCCCCAGGCCUCAGCUAGCUCCACAAGCACUGGCAGAGCAGUUUCCAUGUUUCCUUGCACAGCACUUCUGGCGCGCUUCCUCGCUCGCACUCCCUGAGGCACACUGCGAUACGCUGAUCUGA